AUUUAUUCUCGUAUCAUCUCCCAAGUCGUCUAUUUCUUCCUUCGUGUAACAGUCUGGUCACUGCAACAUCGUCUUCGCAAUGUCGCUCAGUUCAAAGGCGCUUUUGCUCACCCUCGCAUCCCUGGCGUCCGCCCAAUACGGGCCAGGAGGGUCGUACGGACCUAGCGGAGGCGGAGGUGAUAGCAGCAAUCCGUUUAGCGGAGGAGGCAGCCAGUUCGGCGGCUUUGACAUCGCCAGCUUCCUAAACCAGCGCGAGAAGAUCCUCAUCGCACACGGCGUCCUCGCGUCCCUUGCCUUCGUCAUCCUCUUCCCCACGGGCUCGAUCCUCAUCCGGUUGGCUUCCUUUCCGGGGCUCUGGCUCGUCCACGGACUGUUUCAGCUCUUCGCGUACGUAGUGUACAUCGCGGCAUUUGGCAUAGGGGUCUGGUUCGUCAAGAACAUCCCCGUGAGCCUUCUCGACCACUAUCAUCCUGUGAUCGGGAUCGUGGUGUUUUGCCUGCUCUUCUUCCAGCCGAUUCUUGGAUUGAUGCACCACUAUCAAUUCAAGAAAUACAGCCGCCGGACUCUUUGGUCUUAUGGUCAUCUCUGGCUCGGACGGAUCGUCAUCACCCUCGGAAUGAUCAACGGAGGUCUCGGCAUGCUCCUCGCCACGGACACCGGCUACUUCGUGCCUAGCCGGGGGCAGAAGAUUGCGUACGGUGUUGUUGCGGGUAUCAUGUGGCUGCUAUGGAUGUUCUCGGCAAUCAUUGGGGAGAGAAGGCGAGCUAGGGCCCGGAAGAGUCCGGACUCAUCGGCGCGCAAGGAACAAUACGCGUAGGACUGUUCCGCACAACGUUCAGGGAUAUGGGCUCAUUGUGAUAGGGGACGGGGACCUCGCACUUGGAUAUGAACAUGCUCGACAGCAUGACAAUUGUAUCUAAUUGGGCAAGGGCUGGAUGACCUCAAAGCCUUCACGAGGAAAGCACGACGAGCCGAGAGUACGAGGACGAAUUGACAUGACCGUUAUGACGAGGCUUACUGAGAGAGGGAUUUGGCGUUCGGUCGGCGCAGAGCAAGA